AUGUCCAUCAUAGCACUCGCAGACGCGUCGAGCUCCGGUUUCCAUGUCGAUGACUUUCGUCGGUUGGCGGGCCGGCUUGGGAUUCAUGUCUCGGACGAUAGAGAUGCCCACGACUAUCUGCGCCUGCUCUGGUCCUUCGAGAGCGUCCUCAGCCACGUCGAGAGAGCCGCCGACUACAUACCGCCACAGUUGCAGCCGCUGCCGACUGUACAGCCUCGAGAAUACUGGGCACCAUCCGCCGCACAGAACCCAUACAAUGCCUGGAGCCACCAAUGCAAUCUCUCGGCCGCCGCACCGAGCAGCCAUCGUCUGCAGGGCCGCGCCGUCGCCAUCAAAGAUAACAUUUGCAUAGCAGGCCUGCCGACAACACUUGGGGCGCCGGCCUCGAUCCUUUCCGACCAGAACGAAUACCCCGUGUCCCCCAUUGAUGCCACGGUCGUCUCUCGUAUUCUGGCCGCGGGUGGAACCAUCAAAGGUACGUCCACGUGUGAGUGCUUCUGCGCUUCGCCUCUGUCCUUCACCUCUGCCUCCGGCCCCGUGCAUAAUCCGCACCUCCACGGCUAUACCUCCGGAGGCAGUAGUAGCGGCUCCUGCGCACUCGUCGCUGCUCAUGCCCUCUAUCCGCACAAGCCCGAGGUGACUGGAGAAACGGUGGAACUGGCAAUCGGCAGCGACCAGGCCGGCUCCGUACGCAUUCCAGCUUCGUACUGUGGCCUCUUGGGUCUCAAGCCUACCUUUGGCCUAGUACCAUAUACUGGCGCAGCUUCCAUGAUGCCCAUGAUCGACCAUCUUGGUCCCAUCGCCACCCAUCUGAAGGACAUUGCGCUCCUACUGGAAGUCAUGGCAGGCUACGACGGACUGGAUUCGCGCAUGUCGCCCGAAUCUCCACUGGUGGACAACGUGAAACCUUAUCAACGCCUGCUGGAGGACUUCCAAGAGCAACUCAAAGUCCAGCCCGAGACAGCCCGGGUAUGGCGGAUAGGACUCUUGACCGAAGCCUUCUCCAUGCUCGGCGUCUCCUCCCUGGUCCAACAGACAGUGAUCGAGGCAGCGACCAAAGCGUUCGAAGCUGCAGGUGCAACAGUCGUCCCCAUCUCGAUCCCUAUGCACCGCGAAGCCCCAAUCAUCUGGACAGCAGCCAGCCGUCCAUCCAUGUCCAAAUACCUGUAUCAAGCCAGCCCAGCCGGGCAUUUGAGCUUUGCCCCGCCACACCUCCGUCCCCACUGGCCCCUAACCCAGCAGACCUUCGAGUCCAUCUCCGCCACCAACCCCGCUCUCGCCAACAUUCUCUUCAGCAGCCAAUUUACCCACGACCACGUGACGUCGGGCAUCGAAGCCAAAGCCCAUCGCAAAGUCUUCGAAUUGCGUGCCGUGUAUGAUCGCGCGCUCGAAGACGUCGACGUCCUCGUCACGCCGUGUGCUCCCUCGGUCACGAUGCCUCUCCCGUCGCAGACUUCCUGCUCCUCGUCCUCGUCCAACAACAAGCUCGAGAAUGCUGACUCUACUACGAUUCUGAAACGACUCGAGUCCACCAUCGGCGUGACCAACAAUACUUGUCCCUUCAACGUAACGGGUCACCCCGCGAUGAGUGUGCCUUGCGGCUUUGGUACGCCUUCUCCUCCUCGAUCGGCCGAGGACGCCUCCUCUCCCCCUCCCCUCCCCAUCGGAAUGCAAAUCAUCGGAAAGCGAUGGCAGGACGAAAAGGUUAUCAUGGCUGCUGCUCUCUUCCAAUGGGGUCGCGAGCUGAUUGCUGCUGGGAAUCAUGCAUCCGCGCGAGAGGUAUAG